CUUCCCCAAACCAACAUCCAGAGAUCCCUCCUCUCUUCUUGCAUAUGCUGCUCUCUCAUUGUUUUGCAGUAGCAUUCGCUCUCUCUGCGCUGCUCGCCGGCCUCGCCCUCGCCAUGGACGACGCAACGUUCGGCAUGGAGUGGACGGCGGCGGAGCUGGGUGAGGCGAGGUCGGUCAUCGCUAGGGUCAGCAACGCCUACGACUCCGGCGCCGGCAGCAGCAACAGUGCCGGCGACACCAAGCACGACCGCAUUAUGAGGGAGCUCCAGGCGAGGUUCCCGUCGAGGACCAUGGUCCAGGUAAUCGACUUGUACCUUAAUCUCACGGCGGAGACAGCAGCGCAGGCGGGGGCGGCCCAGCCGCAGGACGCCGGCGGCGCCGGCGACGCCGCCGUCGUCCACCCUACCUUUGGCCUCGCGAACGACAACUUCGGCAUGCCCGUUGCGAACAACAACGACGACGGCGUCGACGCCGGCAUGGUGUUUGGUGGAGCUCCUAUGGAGGAGGGGGCGGUGGCGGUGAACGGUGGGGACGGUGAGGUGGUGAACCCGGACAAUGCUGAUGACGAUGUGCUUUGGACCGAUUAUGAGCACAGGCUGUUCCUGACUGGGAUGCGUGUGUACGGGCGUGGCGACUGGAGAAACAUCGCGAGGUACUUCGUCGGAAGCAAGACGCCGGAGCAGGUCUCCAUGUACGCCGAUAACUACUUCCACAUGAUGGAGAUCGCCGCGGCCAUGGAAGCCGACGGCGACGACGAUGACGACCACCAUGAAAACAAUAACAACAACUUGGGCGGCGGGCAGCUGCACGCCGUCGUCGGCGCCGUCGAGCACCAUGAAAAUUACAACAACAACAACUUAGGCGGCGGGCAGCUGAACGCCGGCCUCGGCGCCGUCGGGCACGGCCCCGGUGCCGGGCACAUUGCUCCGGCGACCUCCUCCAACAACAACGUCGCCGCCGCCGCCGCGAACAACAACGUCGACGCACCGUUCUGGGUUCCGCUGCUGUACAACCUCGAGAUAGAGCAGCGCAUGAUGGAGAUGCAGGCGCAGUCGCAGAAGGCCUGGGAUGAUCAGCAGAUGAAGAUGGCUGAAGCUGCAACUGAUCCAAAGGAGGGAGCAGCUGAUAAGUGAUAACUGAUAACUUUGUGUGGAGCUACAGCAGCAGCUGCUUAUGAUGUUCCAGCUGAACAGUGGAACACAUGUUAUGAACAAUCCUAAUCACAACCCAAUUGCAGUUCUUAGAUGUAACAUAGCAUAACGAAUGGGAUGCUUUGAACUGAAUUGCGCAGAACACAAAAAUGAACUCCCAUUGUCUGAA